UUCUAAGUGGAGUUCAGACCUAAACUAAAGUUUCCCUUCAACAAUGACAUCACAAUUUCAAUUUCCCCACCCAACGUGAUCUGUGAUGGGACUGGAGUCACAGCCAGACCACUGAAUUCUUGCUAGUAAUCUCCAACAGAAGAGAGCUGCGCCGAGAACUAAGCGAAUUUAACCCAAGACAGAUAACUGACAAACAAAAAAUGGAUACAGUACCCGCGCUGUGAUCGGGUGGAUUAUAAUAUUGGAAAGAAGGGCAGAAAGUCGAAAACAGAACAAGAUUUGAAGAUUAUAAUUGUUUUUUUUAUCUGUUAUUACGUUUUGUAAAUGCUGAUUCAACUCUGGUCUGUAUUAUCAAAAUAACAUACAUACACGCGUGCAAGUAUCACAGCCUUAAUAGCUGGGACUCCAUAUAUGUUUGUUCUAUAUUAUUGAGAGAGAGAAAGAAAGAAAUUGAUACUUGUGAAAUUCUUAACUUGCAUAGAUCUCGGGGAAAAUGUGCAUCCCACUUUGGAAUUGCUGUAGAAAGGGGUUCUAGCAUUUAAAGAAAACAACAUAGAAAAAUAAAUGAAAAAGGAAAUACCUACAGGACACGCUAUGGAAAAAUUGUGUCUUUUCUCAAUUACCACAUUUCUGGCUCUAAUUCCUUCACAUUUACAGGUUUCUGGUCAAUACACACCGCCAACCGACCAUCCAGGUUUCCAGGUUUUAGCCUCGGCCUCCCACUAUUGGCCCUUGGAUGCGGUGGAUGGGAUUUACGGACUUUGGGAUGCAAUUGGAAACCGAACAGGUCAUGUUAAUGGAAGCAGUAUAACUCUCAGAAUCCACAACCAUACUGUGCUUCUUUCCCAUAACCCUACCUCUGUAUAUACCAAUGACUCUGCCUACACUAACCUUACUGCAACCGUAGACAUUGUAGAAGGAAUGGUUAACAGAGGGAUUUAUCUCAAUGGAGAUGCUGGAGCCACAUUUUUACAUUUUGGGAGUUAUGAAAACAGUUGUAUUAGUGAUCCAGCACUCUGUGGACCUCAAGGUGUAACAUUCUCUUUCUUUUGGAAGAACCUAGAAAGCCUGUCCCGGUUUGCCAUGGCCUCUGGAGGGAAAGUGAUUUCCAAUGGGUUCUCAAUUUACUCCAAUGGGUUUGCAGACUACGUGGAGUUUUACACUCGAGGGGACUCCCGAACAUGGCGAGCAAAAAUCACCCCGCCAGGUCCUCACUGGACUCAUAUUCUGUUCACCUGGACUCUGACCAAUGGCCUGAAAGUCUAUGUUAAUGGGACCUUCAGCACCAACGACACCCAAGGGAGGAAGUCCCAGAAUUAUGGGGAUCCUUAUCACAACCUCAUCAUCGGGGCGGACAACGACCAGUCCUAUGGUCACUAUGUGACAGGAGCCUUUGAUGAGUUUGUCAUAUGGGAAAGAGCUCUGAACCCUGAAGAAAUAGAACUGUAUUACAAAGCAGCCAUAGGAGAGCCUGUAAUUAUUCCUACAACAGCAUUUGUCCAAAACCCUACUAGUUCUCCAGUGGAUUUAAUGUUAUCCACAGAUGCAUACCAUCGCAUUAUUACAAACCUGACAGUGGAAAUACAGCACUUCCAAUACCCUGUAUCUAUGCUGGGCUACUUGGAAUCAGUGUCAAUCAAACUGCCCAACCAAACCAUCCCCAAGGAAACUGCCUCCAACCUGACUGAGACUUUCUUGAAAAGCGUUGAAGAAGUUCUAUUGUUACCAAGUUGGCCUGAUCUUGCAGAGUCUGUCCCUAUUAUCAGCGGUCUGAUCGAAACAGUGGAUAAAGUGAUGGUGCACAUGGUGUACAAUCUGGAACCCAGUCCCUCCUUCAUCUCAAUUGAGGGGUCCUCAACAGUAGCAGAUUAUUCUCUUGUGAAAUUACCGCUUAGUAUGAACAUGCCUCACUACCGCUUCCCUUCGCAAGGAAGGAACUACAUCUCAGUCCCUGGCAAAGCUUUCAGCUUCAAUGCACAGACCACCAUUGUGGGACUGUUCUACCACACUAUGCAUAACUACUACAAGAAAAUCGACCCUCUCAAAACAAAGAUCAAAGAAGCUGCAAAUUAUAAAGAAAACAAGAUCUCAGCCACGAGUUACAUCAUUUCCCUAAAGGUUGAGCCGCCCCCUGCACUCUCUGUCAACCUGUCGGGCACCCCUCUCAUCACCAUCGUCCUCACACAUGUGCUGAGUCCUGAGCAGUAUAGCCUGGCAUCAAACAGCAGCAACACUGUGUUUCUUUACUGCGCUUUCCUGGAUUACAGCUCUGGAUUUGGAGUCUGGUCCAAUGAAGGCUGUGUCAGAGCUGAAGGGAACCUCACCUUCUCCACGUGCCUCUGUAACCAUCUCACCAACUUCGCCAUUCUCAUGCAGGUGGUGCCCCUCGAGCUCAGCAAUGCAAACCAGGUGGCUCUGUCUACAAUCAGCUACAUCGGCUGCACCAUCUCCAUCUUCUGCCUGGCCAUCACCAUUGUCACCUUUGCCAUUCUCUCGUCUGUGAGUACAAUCCGUAACCAGCGCUACCACAUUCACGCCAACCUGUCUUUCGCCAUCUUAAUGGCUCAGAUCCUGCUGCUGAUCAGCUUUAGAUUUGACUCAGGAACGCUUCCCUGCAAAAUCAUGGCCAUCCUCCUUCACUUUUUCUUCUUGAGUGCCUUUGCGUGGAUGCUGGUGGAAGGUCUGCAUCUGUACAGCAUGGUGAUCAAAGUGUUUGGGUCUGAGGAAAGCAAACACAUAUACUACUACGGAAUAGGCUGGGGGUCUCCCUUGGUGAUCUGCAUAGUGUCUGUAACAUCAGCGCUUAACAGCUACGGAGAAGUGGGCAACUGCUGGCUUUCCCUGGAAAAUGGAGCAAUUUGGGCCUUCGUAGCACCUGCCUUGUUUGUAAUCGUGGUGAAUAUUGGUAUCCUGAUCGCUGUGACGAGAAUCAUCUCCAGAAUCAGUGCAGAUAACUACAAGGUGCACGGAGACGCCAGUGCAGUCAAACUGACCGCCAAAGCAGUUGCUGUCCUGUUGCCCAUCUUGGGAAUCUCCUGGAUAUUUGGGGUCCUGGCGGUCAACGAACGCUCCCUCGUGUUCCAGUAUAUGUUUGCCACAUUCAACUCCCUGCAGGGUUUCUUCAUUUUUCUCUUCCACUGCCUCCUCAACUCAGAGGUCAGAGCAGCCUUUAAACAUAAAACAAAGGUAUGGUCUCUGACCAGCAGCUCCAUCAGAAACAUCAAUGUGAAACCUUCCAACUCAGACAUUAUGAAUGGAAACAGACCAGAUGGGAGCCCAACGAAAAUUAACACAUGGGAUAAGAGCACAAACUCAGCUAAUCGCAUUGCUUUAUCUGCAGUGUAACACUGUGCUGGGAACAUCGACGUCUCAAUGGUACGAAAAAAAAGGAUAAUACACAUGCAGCAUAAUAUAUUUCAAAGAGUUUUCCCUAUCAGCUGGAAACCAUGUGAACUGUGUUGGACUUCAGUACCAGUGAUGAGUUGUCCUCUAAAACCUUUGAGUUGCUCUCUCCGGGCUGCUAUUAAAAAGUUCCUGGUUGAAGGGAGAUGGUUUGACCUUCAACAAAGCAUUUUUCUUUCAUAAACGAAAGAUAAGCCAGAAUGGUGGUGCCAGUCAAAAAAAUAAAUACAUGGGACUUAAAGGUUUAAACAACAAAAAUGAAGGUCCAAAUAAACUCUGUUGUAAUUUAUUGUAAUGUGUUAAUAGUACAGCAGCAGCUUUACCACUUCCAAUUUCUAAUUAAAACUCUGCAUUUAUCUGUGCUUUGCUUUCUAGAAAUCUUUUCUUAAAUCAGUAUAACACCACCGAGAAUACUUUCAGAACUUUGUAAAGGUACGGUAUAAAGAUUAUUCAGCAUUUCAAUUGUUUAAUUGAAAUUAUUUUUAAAAGAUACAACCGCAUCACAUGGCGGUUAGUGUUGUGUCCAUUAGGGUCAGUCAGGACUGGGCUUUGUGUUUUAACCCUUAUUUUACAAGGUUAUAGGGGAAAUCCUGUUAAAGUCUUAUUGUCACAAUUUUGGCUCUGUUUGAAGUGAUAUUAAAAGGGUUUGGCUGUAAUGUUUGCUGUGCCAUUUUUGCUACUAGAGUCCUGUAACCCCCUGUAACGCCUAACUGAGGUUUGCAGUGGAGGCUUUUGUUUUUACAUGUCUCUCAUGAGAAAUAUGGUUUCGUCUAAACUUUUUCUUUUACUGCUUAUUCCUGUAACAUUUGCAGAGCAUUGCUGGGAAUCUCAUAUCUGGGUUUCUGGUAGUAUUAAAUAUGUGUCAUGAAAUAUGUGAUAUAUUUGUUCAGUGAGAAGAGGAAAAUGUGACAAAUACUGAAGAUGUUUAUACAUUUGAUUUCAAUACAAAGGUACGAUAACAAAGCAUUAGUCACAGCUUCACUCAACAGGGUACCUGGGGGCAUUUUGCCAUUAGCUGUGACAUCUUUAUAAUUAUUGUAAUUAUUAUUAUGAUUAUUACUAUUUAUGAUUUUUUAUUUGUACUUGGCACGACUCAGCCCUAAAAUAGAAUAUUACUGAAUAUACAGUAGACUCACUCUCCAGAUUAGUGAAUUGUACUGAUAGUUAAAUGCCUUUUCUUGUCUUUGUUUUAUGUAUAUUUAAUCUAAAAUCAACAAUAAACCUGCUGACAGUUUAUUUUUUACUUUAAUAUAUUGUGCUGAUGGUUACUGUUUGCAAUAAUAUUUAAAAACACAUGUGUUAAAAUGGUAAGUUGGUCCAGACAGACUUAGUAUUAGCAGAGUCUACUGUAUAAUCCAGUACAAAGGGUGCUAUGAAUCAAAACAUACUUCUACUGUAUAUCUCGUUCCACAGAUCUUUGCCAGACUUGUUUUGAGCUUCAUGUACAUUGCCACGAGUGACAGACAUGCUUGCAAAUGCUAUACAUUCUAGAUGACUGAAAGUGAAUUUGUAUUUUAUACAGUAUAGAUCAUUGUAACUAACGCUAUCAGGACACAGUCUGCUAUGAAAGGUGUAAUUCUUGAAUGAAAAAGAAAGGAUGUUGUAAAAAUAAAAAAAGAGCAUCUUUAAGCUCACAAAAAUGUGUUUGAUGUUGCAGUUUUCUGGUUGAAUCUGAGAUUUUUAAGUCAUUAGCACUGUCCAAUGAUUGAAAUAGCCUACCCUGCACUGUCUGUAUUACGAGGUUAACCUUGAAUAUUGAAAGACAUGAUUUUAAUGAUGACCAUGGAGACCGGUGUGUGCUUUUUGAGACACCCUGAUAUGCCCAUGAACUCAUUUCCACAUGUUGAGAUGACAGCCUUGAACACAGUUUCCACUUUUAAAUCAUGUAUUUAUUUAUUAAAAAAAAAAAAAAAUACAGAACAGGGUAUAAAAUGAUAACAGUUACAAAUAUGUAUGAGUAAAAUGAUACAUUAUUUAGAAGUUUCAAGGAAAUGGAAAAUCUGUUGCGACAUUGUGACUUGUGAAUACAGGCCACUGCAUCAGGGAUUUCCUUUAGAUUGAUAUUUUUGUUAAAAUUACAACCUACUGUGCCUUGGGUGUUUGUAUGAUAGGGGAUUGCAAAAUAUUACAACUAAACGCAUGUUUAAAUUACUUGCUGUAUUAGUGCGUAAGUAUGAUGUGUUCUUAUUGACUUUUUGUAAGAAGCAUCAAUAAAAUGUAAAGAAAUGUCAA